AGGAGAACAGGGUGAGCUAAGGGAGGGGGAAAACGGCGUAUGCUUGUAUACAACAACCCCUGAUUUCCAUUUUUUCCCCAACUCGUAAUGUAUUUAAUUCAAGUGAAACGUAAUCAUGACGUGUCCUGUCAUUAAUCCGCCCGCCGCCUCUCCCAGGACUAAAGGAGGUGGCCAUCAAAGCAGUGUGUCCCCCGUCUGCCAAGGAACUGAAACAUGGAAUAGCAGUAAACACACGACUGAGAAUGGAUUCUCCUCCUGAAUGUGUGUUGGCUCUUUCAUGUGAGCUGCCCCAGUCACCCCCAACACUACCAUCGCUGGACCACAGUCCCCAGGCCUCUCCUCACUCUACCUACCACCUCUCCCCUUUACACAGCCCCCUGGACCUGCCCCUAGCCCAUAGCCCCUCAGCCCUCUCCCACACACCAGAACCCCUGUCGAACACCCUAGACACCACCCCCUACUUCCCCUUCUCCUCCUUCCCCCUCAACCACCACAAUGAGGAAGAGGAGGAGGAUGAAGAGGAGCUGUCAGCCCCUCCGUCCCCCACCCCGGCCGUGGCUCUCUUCCUGGGGGGUCUUCCGGAGGUGUGUAGCCCCUCUUCGGAGAGCUCUCCUCCGGUCACUCCGACAUCAUCGGCCCCUCUCCCCGGGUUCGGGGCCCUGGAGCUGGCCCUGUCCUCCGGGCAGCAGGGUGCCACCUGUAGUGAUGAGCUAGACCUCCAGCUCUUCCAUAAGGAUGGGGGGAGUCUGUUAGGGUCUCUGCCUGGGAGGAAGGGUGUUUCUAGGGGAGCGGCCGGACUCAAGUUCCCCUGUCUGGUUUGCGGGAAGAGAUUCCGCUUCCAGAGUAUCUUGUCGCUCCACGCCCGCGCUCACAGUCUGGACCGCGACCGCCGCGCCUCAGCUCUGUACCGCAACACCGGCACCAUGACCGGGAGCAUCAUUGGGACGGGGUCCACGCCGCAUCUCAAAGCCCACCAGAACCACAACGACGUGGGACAGAACCACCACAGCCACCGCCAGAGUCCCCUGCUGUCUGUAUCUCUAACCCAGGGACUGAGAGGGGAGGAUGGGGAUGGGGAUGCUCUAGAGGAGGCUCUGCAGAUGGAUCACCAGACCCUCCAGCCGUUCCUAAUGGAUGACAGCACACCGCUGAGCCCUCCGCUGACCGAGGAGGUGCCCCUCUCCCUCACCUCCCCCUACUCCUCUUCCUGCGGCCUGGGUGGCACGGGUCCUGCCAUCUUAGAAGAAGCCGCCCUGGCCACAGCGGCAGCGCCCGCAUUCCGCUGCCACGCCUGCAAGGGUAAAUUCCGCACGGCCUCGGAGCUGUCUCGUCACGUCCGCAUCCUCCACAACCCGUACAAGUGCACCCUGUGCUCCUUCUCUGCCAGCCAGGAAGAACGCCUGGCCGCACACCUCCACGACAGCCACCCCUCCCUGUCUCUCUCCCCUCCGGUGGAACUCCCCGCCCUGCCCCCCUACACCCCCAGACACCCCCCCAUCAUAACCACCACCACUGCCGUCAUCCCCACACCCAUCCCAGACACUCUCGUUCCCACCCCCAACCCGACCCCCACCCUGGCCCCAGGGGCUCCGCCUCUGCCGGCCUUCCGCUGUGAGACGUGCGGCCAGCGCUUCACCCAGUCCUGGUUCCUGAAGGGCCACAUGAGGAAGCACAAGGAUUCUCUGGACCACAAAUGUCAGGUGUGCGGCCGUGGCUUCAAGGAGCCUUGGUUCCUCAAGAACCACAUGAAGGUGCACCUCAACAAGCUGGGCCUGAAGGCAGGUCUGGGGGGGCUGGGGGGGCUGGUGGCUCCUGUGGCCGGGGCUGAACAUAGAGGCCCCAAAGGCUCGGUCACCAGCCAGGGCCUCAACGCUCUCUACUCCAGUCUCUUGCUGGCUCGUGGUGGAGGGGGAGGGGGACGAUCAAGGGCUGAGCGGGACGGCGCCGGAGUCUCUAGUAAAUCGGCCAUCUUGGGCUACCUGGGGUUGCCCAGCGAUGGCGGUGGCGGCGCCAGCUGCAUGGAACGGCUGCAGGCCGUGGCUCAGGUGGCGGAGAUGGGGAAUGGGAGCGGAGGAGGAGGGGUGGGGGGAGGAGAGGCAGCGGCAGAUGGAGGGGACCAGAUAGCCAUGUGGCAGCUGGUAGCCCGUAGCCUAGUAGCAGCUCAACAGGCCCAGCAAGCCCAGCAGGCUCAGAGGCAGAACCAGAGGACCCAGCACCUGCACCGAGCCCCAUCCAGGAGCUCUGUGGUGGGGGAGGCUGAGCAGGUCAGGGCCUACCUUGGAGGUCUGGAUCCCCGAGAGGAGCCUCCGUCCUCCGGAGCCCCAUGGGAGUGCCCCGACUGUGGGAAGCUGUUCCGGAGCCUGCAGCAGGUGGUGGCGCACGCCCGCGUCCACGUCCAGCGGCCCCAUAAGAACCACGGUCACCCCCCACGCUACGCCGGAGGAGGAGAGGAGGAUGGAGGAGCGAGCCAGAGUGGGGGAGGACGAGGAGGAGGAGGAGGUGGGAGAGAAGGUAGUAGCGAGGGAAGACAGGAGUCCAAACUUCAAAGUGGACCUCAACAUCAGUCAGCAGCCGGAGGAGGGUUCCACUCAGUGAUGUCACAGUUCCAAGGAGAGAACGGUCUAUCUGGGUCAUCUUCAGGUUCGUCCGUGACUUCUAGGGAGCGUGUGCGAGGCACAGGGGUGAAAGACUGCCCCUAUUGCGGUAAAGCUUUCCGCUCGUCCCAUCACCUUAAAGUGCAUCUGAGAGUUCACACAGGGGAGAGACCGUAUAAAUGUCCCCACUGUGACUACGCGGGAACCCAGUCAGGCUCUCUAAAGUACCAUCUCCAGAGGCACCACAGAGAACAGAGGAACGCCAUGGGGGCCUCUUCAUCCACCGCCUCCUCUCCCGGCCUCACUUCUGCCUCUCUGGGAGGUGGUGGAGGAGCUCCACGGGGGGAGGGAAGGGAGGGGAUGGCCAAACAGCGCCGGCCCCAGAGCUUCACCCAUGGCUCAGCUGCCAGAACCCCGGCAGAGACCGCAUCCUCCAGGCACAACCAGCACCAGCCCUGGAUCCUGGGCCUUCCUGAGCAGAGAGACAGGGACCAUGGGAAGGCCAUGGGAGGACUGAGGGAGGCAGAUCUGGAGAGCCAGUACCGGUACCUAUCCGGGGUGAUGGGGGCGCUGUACCAGGGGGGGAUGGAGGGAGGGUGGAGGGAGUCCCCUACCUCCACCCCCACCCCACCCCCGCCAAAGGCGCCCAAAGUUUCCCGUCGCAAACCACUCACCACCAGCCGCAUGGUGCCAGCUAACGGGAGGGAGAGGAUGGGAGGGGGAUCAGCUCGGGGCACCCAGGAGGGAGGCUUGUUGUCCCAGCCCCUGGAUCUCUCCCGCCGCCCCUCCCCUGGGCUCGGAGGUCUGGAGGAGGAUGGAGUACCGGGAGGGGGUGGUGGAGGAGGAGGAGCAGGGGUAACCCUUAACCAGUGCCUGUUCUGUCCCUUCCGUACCUGCUCAGCCGAGCUGAUGGCCAUGCACCUCCAGGUCAACCACACUAGCAAGUCCAGGCGUAAGAGGGGGGCCCACAACCCCAGCUCCCUGGGGGAACACGGGCCCCAGAGGCCACCCCAACCCCGGGCUGACCCAGACCCCCUAGCCCUGUGGAGGUACCUGAGCGAGAGUGAAGAUAGGGCCCCCCUCGAGGAAUGGGCCUCAUCCAGGGUGGAGAGGGAGAGAGGGAUGGAGAAUGGCCUCACCACAGAGGAAGUGGACCUAGAGGGCAGCUACAACAUCCACCACCCCCUGCAGGCUUCUAACCAGGCCUCCACCACACCCAGGAACACAAGGAGUGGCCUCGCUGACCUGGGGCAGGAAGGCAAGCUGGAGGAGGAUGGGGAAGAGGAGGAAGAAGAGGAGGAAGGAGAAGAGGAGGAUUUGGAAAGGGAGAGCAGUAGUCCAGGGGAUUCCCCUACAGAGCAUGGGAUGAGGAUGUCUCUCUCCAUGUCAACUGCCCUCGGCUCUGACCGUCUUUCACGAGAGGAGGAAGCAGUGAUGGGAGACUAAACGGGAACAACAUCAUCCUGCAGAGAGAUGGGAAGAGGGAGUUCAACUAGACAGUGCAGAAGUUUAGGAGUCAAAUGUUGGGGGUCAUUAUAUCACUUCCUUGUUCUCUUACAUACAGCAGUUCAGGGUCAUUGACAUGGUAAGUCCGCUGAUAAGUAUAACUAAGGACCACGGACUGAGAUGCACCUCCAUUGAGAGGGUUGUGUAAACAUCAUCUCUCCUAAGGAAAAAAAUCAUACAUUUUUCUCUCGCCUUUUAAUAUUUACAUCCCGGGAGUUCAGUGCAGUCCUCUUGAUUUUCUCAACCAACCACAACCCCCCUUGUACAUACAGACAGUGCAGUGUGAAUCCUUUCUCUUCAGGACUUUUGAGGCCUUGAGUUCUAUAUUCCAGAGUUUCCUGUUUUCCAUUCCAUCUCCUACCAAGAGGGCUAAUUGUGAUGAUUUGCUCGAGAUCGUCCUCUGGCUGCUGUUAAGUCUUAACAUUACUAUGUGAGAACAAAUAAACUGUAACAUUCUACCAUUCCGGAGAACACAAAAAUGAUUUUAUCAGACCUUAUACUUCAUGUUUUGAGAAUAAUACUACUUCUAUGAGUAACGUUGUUGAUUAGUUAUACUUUAGCAGAACAAGUGUCAAAAGAAGCCAAACUUCAUCCCAACUGCCAUUUAGAUAAGAUACCACUUCUUGUCACGUUGACAUUUCAAUUUCAUAUUACGGUCUAUUCAAGAGCACUGAUUCGAUAACCGUGGUUCAACCACAACCAUUCAAGCCGUAAACUCAAACUAAGCUAUCCAGCUGUCUAUAACAAAUAACACCACAGGAGCAACUUUUUACCAGAUGACGAUGGCAAUGAUUAGGGAUAAGGUAACCCCUGACCCUGAUAUCACUGCCUCUCAUUGGUCGGAUUGCUGUUCCGAGGUCACCAUGGGAACAGUUUGUCAUUUCCUGUUUUCCCCUCAGUUUAGUGCCUGUCUAUGUUUGGAAUGUCGUCAAGGGAGUUCUACAGUAUAGCCCUCUGUUUCUGGGCUCUUAUAGGACAAUGAUAUCUGAGAAUACAGUAUAAAGCUAAAGUAUAUAUGUAAAAAAUUGGUUCUAGGCUAUUGUGAAUAGAAAUCUGUAGUGUUAAACAAACAGCUGGUGUGGAUCUUUCUCUUUUCACAAGAGACCGGUAGCAUCUCUAUGUGGAUUCUGUGGAAAAAAUGAUAAAGCACUUAGUUGAUGAAGAUGAAACAUUAAGAAAUAUCCAUAUAAAUGAAAAGAGGUCAAGGUGAAAGGUCAAUAAGUGAAAAGGGAGGUUAAAGGUCAGAGGUCAGGAUUUACAGCAGAAAUACCAGCGUGUUCAGAGUCAGACGUGGGCUAACGGUUAUUUCUACAUUGUCGUGGUGGCCAACGGACCAUUAAACAAACAGAAACUAAGCAAAAGUCUGUUUUGGGGGACACAGGACAGACAGACAGACAGACAGACAGACAGACGGACAGUGCAUCCUGAACACAAUCAGCUGGCACGUCUGGUCAGGUGACCAAGACUCCACGCCCGUGUCACACUCUUUCCUUCCAUUCCUUUUAUGAGGAAAAUAACAGAAAAACAAGGGGAAGGAAAAAUUUAUGAGAGAAAAUGGUGAGUUCCCUCACAGAGCAGAGGACUCAAGAAAGCAAACUGUUGUAGUCUUGGGGUAUGCCGUCUUUUAGAUGACUAGAUUUCUGUCUUUCUUUCUUUUAAGUGAAGAAGAACGGGAAAAAAGAGUAAGCAUUAAAAACAUUAACAAAUCCAUAGAUACAUCCCAGUAGAAUAUGUGUAGCUUUUGUAAAGACAAGAAGAUAAGAAAAAAGGAAAAAAUAACUUUCUAUGUUUAUUUUCAUUUCAAGAAGAGAAGCUUACAGAGAAGGUUAUGAAUAUACAGUAGGUAAUGAUUUUUAAAAAACUAUAAGGCUUGUUGUUGUGAGGAAAAGACUAGUCGGAAUGUCAUGUCUAUAAAGAGCACUGUGCAAGGUUUAUAAUUUUCCAAAGUUGUUGUUUUUAUUUUGACUAUCGAUAGACCAAACUUUUUUUUUUAAAGAAAAUGUAAGGUGUCACUUUCUGUUGGAGUGUAAAGCUGCAGUUCCAAUCCACUCGCCAAUCAAUCAAUCAAUCAAUCAAUCAAGCAUUCAAUCAAUCUAUAAUCCAAUCAAAAUAUUAACAUUGUAUUAUUAAGUGCUUGGAUGAGACUCAAGUUUACAUCACAAUAUAUCAAAAUAUUCAUCUCUGCCAAAUUUUGAUUGAUCAAGUUGUACUAUAGCCACGGUAUUGGUUUAGCGCAUCAUACUACACACAUGUUCUGCACACAGUGAACAAGCAAAUAUUUUAUCAUAAAAACAAUUAAAUAAACUACUUACGAUUGUAAACGUCACUAAAUUCUUUGAUUGGAUAAGUCUUGCCUUCUCGCCCUCCUAACCCCAUUGGUUGACAGCGAGAGUUUGGGAUUGGAACCUCACCCCAUUGGUUGUAGGCGAGAGUUUGGGAUUGGAACCUAACCCCAUUAGUUGUAGGCGAGAGUUUGGGAUUGGAACCUAACCCCAUUGGUUGACAGCAAGAGUUUGGGAUUGGAACCUAACCCCAUUAGUUGUAGGCGAGAGUUUGGGAUUGGAACCUAACCCCAUUGGUUGUAGGCGAGAGUUUGGGAUUGGAACCACAGCCUUACUUUUGUUUUAUGUGCAUUAUGUGUUUUACUUCUAUCCUUAUUAGAGCACCUUAUAUGAGUUUAGCAGUUCCCUAAGUGGUGUUUUCUUAAAGACUUAGGUUGCACCCGUAAUGACACCCUAUUCCCUAUAUGGUUCACUACUUUUGACCAGGACCAUUCCCAUAUAGGCCCUGGUCAAAAGUAGUGCUAUGUGCCCUGGUCAAAAGUAGUGCUAUGUGCCCUGGUCAAACGUAGUGCUAUGUGCCCUGGUCAAACGUAGUGCUAUGUGCCCUGGUCAAACGUAGUGCUAUGGGCCCUGGUCAAACGUAGUGCUAUGGGCCCUGGUCAAACGUAGUGCUAUGUACCCUGGUCAAACGUAGUGCUAUGGGCCCUGGUCAAAAGUAGUGCUAUGUACCCUGGUCAAACGUAGU